AUGUACCAAGGCAUAAUGACCACCAACCACGGACCCCCUUCCUAUGAAGCCGGAUUUCUCCACAGCGCCUCGGCGGGCGCCUCUCCGGUGUACGUGCCCACCACCCGGGUGGUCACCCCCAUGAUCCCCGCGCUCCCGUACCUGCAGAGCCCCGGCGCGUCGCAGCAGGGCAGCCCGGCGUCCGGCCACUCCGCCUGGGCAGCGCCGGGCGCGGACCCGGUCCCGUCCUACAACCACUCCCCGGUGUCCCCGCGCUUCGCCUUCUCCACCAGCCCGCCCCUCUCGUCCGGGGUGGCCACGGUCCGAGACUCGGCGGUGUCCUAUAGCGGCGGCGGCAGCCCGCUGAACAUCUCCGCCAACGGGAGGGAGCACUACGGCGCCCGGAGCCUCGGCGGCUCCUACCACAGCCCCUACUCGGCCUACAUGAGCCCCAACGUGCACGGCGGAACGUGGUCCGCGUCCCCGUUCGACAGUCCGGUCCUGCACGGCCUCCAGACCGGCGCCCCCGGCGCGGCACGGCACCCGAACAUAGUUUAUCAUGGGGUUUUCUGUCCGGCCGUUGUAUGGCGGCCUGUAAUGGCGGUGCGACUGCUCCGGAUUUUAUCUCUCGGGGAGCUGGGAGAUAAGGAGGGAUUCCAGGCUGCUGAGGGGGGCCCGGGGCUGCACUCAGCAUCUCCUGCUGAUUUGUUUGAUGACUUUGCUGAGGGGAGAGAGUGUGUGAAUUGUGGGGCGAUGUCAACCCCCCUCUGGAGGCGGGAUGGGACUGGCCACUACCUAUGCAAUGCCUGUGGACUCUACCACAAGAUGAACGGCAUCAACAGACCACUCAUCAAGCCCCAAAGACGGCUGUCUGCCUCGAGGAGGGUGGGCCUGUCCUGCACUAACUGUCACACCACCACCACCACCCUGUGGCGGCGAAACGCGGAGGGAGAGCCGGUGUGCAACGCCUGUGGCCUCUACAUGAAACUCCAUGGGGUCCCCCGACCACUGGCUAUGAAAAAAGAAGGGAUCCAGACCCGCAAACGCAAACCCAAGAACCUCAACAAGUCUCAAACUGGGACUCCAGGCAGUGAGGGGACAUCAGUUACACCCACCAGCACUCCCCGCUCAUCCACUUCCUCCACUACCGCCACAGAUGAGUCCCGCCAGAUAAAGACGGAGCCAGAAAAUCACAACUUGUACACACAACACAACACACACACACAGAUUUCAGCGCUACCAGCCUACAUGGCAGCGCAGGGAGGUGCCAUUCCUCUCAAGGUGUCCCCUGGGGGGCACGGCGGGUCGUCCAGCUCCAAAGCGGAGCCCUGGAACAACCUCAUCCUUGCUUAG